ACCCACGGGCUCCCCGCCCGGUACCAAGAUGGCGGCAGAAGCAGCUGGUGGGAAGUACAGAAGCACUGUCAGCAAAAGCAAAGACCCCUCGGGGCUGCUCAUCUCUGUCAUCAGGACUCUGUCUACCAGUGAUGAUGUCGAAGACAGAGAAAAUGAGAAGGGACGCCUGGAAGAGGCCUAUGAGAAGUGCGACCGUGACCUAGAUGAACUGAUUGUGCAGCACUACACAGAAUUGACGACAGCUAUUCGCACGUACCAGAGCAUCACGGAGCGCAUCACCAACUCCCGAAAUAAAAUAAAGCAGGUCAAAGAAAACCUGCUUUCAUGCAAGAUGCUGUUGCACUGCAAACGGGAUGAGCUUCGGAAAUUGUGGAUUGAAGGGAUUGAGCACAAGCACGUCCUGAACCUGCUGGAUGAAAUUGAGAACAUUAAGCAAGUGCCUCAAAAGCUGGAGCAGUGCAUGGCCAGCAAGCACUAUCUCAGUGCCACUGACAUGCUGGUGUCAGCAGUGGAGUCUUUGGAGGGCCCCCUGCUCCAGGUGGAAGGGCUGAGUGACCUUAGGCUGGAGCUUCACAGCAAAAAGAUGAAUCUUCACUUGGUUCUCAUAGAUGAGCUGCACCGGCACCUGUACAUCAAAUCCACCAGCCGAGUAGGGCAGCGCAGCACGGACAAAGGGAGGAUGAGUGCCCUCGUGAAAGAUGCACCUCCUGUUCCUCUGAUUGAUGUUACAAACCUUCCUCCUCCUCGAAAGUUUCUUGAUACUUCUCAGUAUUCGACUCCUGGAAGCUCAAGUGGGAGGGAGAUAAACCUGCAGGACAUCAAGGAGGACCUGGAACUGGAUCCGGAGGACAACAGCGCCCUUUUCAUGGGCAUCCUCAUCAAGGGGCUCGCCAAGCUGAAGAAGAUCCCCGAGACCGUGAAGGCCAUCAAGGAGCGCCUAGAGCAGGAGCUCAAGCAGAUCGUGAAGAGGUCCACAACGCAGGUGGCGGACAGCAGCUACCAAAGGGGGGAGAACCUCACUGCGGAGAACCAGCCCAGGUUACUUCUAGAACUGCUGGAGUUCCUGUUUGAGAAGUUCAAUGCUGUAGCUGCUGCACACGCGGCGGUCCUGGGAUACCUGCAGGACACCGUCGUGACGCCACCGGCUCAGCAGGAAGACGUCAAGCUGUACGACAUGGCGGACGUGUGGGUGAAGAUCCAAGAUGUCCUCCAGAUGCUGUUGACGGAGUACUUGGACAUGAAAAACACCCGUACGGCCUCCGAACCGUCAGCCCAACUCAGUUAUGCGAGUACUGGACGGGAGUUUGCAGCCUUUUUUGCCAAGAAGAAACCUCAAAGGCCAAAAAAUUCUCUUUUCAAGUUUGAGUCGUCUUCACACGCCAUCAGCAUGAGUGCCUACUUGCGAGAGCAGAGAAGGGAGCUGUACAGUCGGAGUGGAGAGCUCCAAGGGGGUCCUGAUGACAACUUAAUUGAAGGUGGAGGAACAAAAUUUGUGUGCAAACCUGGAGCCAGAAAUAUUACAGUCAUAUUCCACCCAUUACUAAGAUUCAUUCAGGAAGUCGAGCACGCCUUGGGGCUCGGCCCAGCCAAGCAGUGCCCUCUCCGGGAGUUUCUCACUGUGUACAUCAAAAACAUCUUCCUCAAUCAAGUUCUGGCAGAGAUCAACAAGGAGAUUGAAGGAGUCACGAAGACGUCGGACCCCUUGAAGAUCCUAGCUAACGCUGACACCAUGAAGGUGCUGGGAGUGCAGCGCCCUCUUCUACAGAGCACCAUCAUCGUGGAGAAGACGGUGCAAGACCUCCUGAACCUGAUGCAUGACCUCAGCGCGUACUCGGACCAGUUCCUCAGCAUGGUGUGCGUGAAGCUGCAGGAGUACAAGGACACCUGUGCCGCCGCCUACAGGGGCAUUGCCCAGUCGGAAGAGAAGCUUGUCAUCAGUGCAUCUUGGGCAAAAGACGAUGAUAUCAGCAGACUCCUGAAAUCUCUGCCAAACUGGAUGAAUAUGGCUCAACCCAAACAGCUCAGGCCAAAAAGAGAAGAUGAAGAAGACCUCAUAAGGGCAGCCUUUGGCAAGGAGUCGGAAGUUCUUAUCGGGAACCUGGGCGACAAAUUAAUCCCUCCACAAGACAUCCUGCGAGACGUCAGUGACCUCAAAGCCUUGGCCAACAUGCACGAAAGCCUGGAGUGGUUAGCGGGUCGCACGAAGUCAGCUUUCUCCAGUCUUUCCACCUCCCAGAUGCUGUCUCCGGCCCAGGAUGGCCACGUGACCGUGGACCUCCCCCCAGUGUCCGAGCAGAUCACGCAGACCCUGAGCGAGCUGGCCAGAUCGUUCCAGGACAUGGCCGACCGCUGCCUGCUGGUCCUCCACCUGGAAGUCAGGGUUCACUGCUUCCACUAUCUCAUCCCUCUUGCGAAGGAGGGGAACUACGCCAUCGUCGCUAAUGUGGAAAGUAUGGACUAUGACCCUCUGGUGGUCAAGCUCAACAAGGACAUCAGUGCCAUCGAAGAGGCCAUGAGCGCCAGCCUCCAGCAGCACAAGUUCCAGUACAUAUUUGAAGGCCUAGGACACCUGAUCUCCUGCAUCCUCAUCAACGGUGCCCAGUACUUCAGGCGCAUCAGUGAGUCUGGCAUCAAGAAAAUGUGCAGGAACAUUUUCGUUCUCCAGCAGAACUUGACCAACAUCACCAUGUCGCGGGAGGCAGACCUGGACUUUGCGAGGCAGUACUACGAGAUGUUGUACAACACGGCCGACGAGCUCCUGAACCUGGUGGUGGACCAGGGCGUGAAGUACACGGAGCUGGAGUACAUCCAUGCCCUCACCCUGCUGCACCGCAGUCAGACGGGCGUGGGGGACCAGACCACCCAGAACAUGAGGCUGCAGCGGCUCAAGGAGAUCAUCUGUGAGCAGGCCGCCAUCAAGCAAGCCACCAAGGAUAAGAAGAUAACCACGGUUUAAAGGGGGCACUGCGGGGGGUUGGGGGGGGGGCGGGAGUGGUCAGUUUUGUUUACUUAGUCAUACUUAUUUCUUUCCCUGAUGUGUUACUGAUGUAUUCUGAGCUGCCUUAGUUUUUUCCCUCUACGCUAAUGCUUUAGUGGAGAGAAGAUGUAAGGGUUUUUUUCUCUUUAGUUGUGGCUUUUCAUAUGAACUCCAAAGGGAGUUUGCAGUCUGGAGCGUUUUGAUUUAAGGCCGUGGAUUCCAAAUGGACGAGGGUGGGGCAAGGAGGAAGGUCGUGUCAACAUGGACCCGGAAGAAACGAGUGCCUGUUAGUGACGCCCAGCCGUCUCUGGAAAGGAGACUGCCCACGAAGUCCCAGUCUCUUCCCAAAACUGCUCUUACGUGAACAGUAGGAUUUUUACUCUCUGGACCUUGUCAGUUUACAGUUCAGUGAAAUAAGUGUAUGUGCAUUGCUUUCUCUCUCUGUUGCCAAGAUCCAGUGAAUGGCUUCUCAGCUGGACGGGGCUCUCCACAAAUUCCCCAAACCAAAACAGGAGCUCCUCAGGCCAGGCCAAAAAAAAAAAAGUCCUUCCAUGUCAAUCCCUGGGAUGUUUUUAUAUGCAGUAGCUCCUCCACGGGUUAUGAGUUGGUCUAUUACCUUUUCAUUUUCAUUUCUGCUGUAUCGAAACCAAGAGCCAUCAAAGUAAUGACCAAAAUGAAAGAAUGAAAGGUGAUUCCAUCUUCUUCUUGAUUUUAUUGCUGUACUUGCCAAGAGAAAAUUAUGGCUAGAGAACUUUUCACGUCACUGUUAACACUGGGUGUGACCGGUUCUCAGAUGCUCAUUUACCCUCUGCAGGAGCCCCAAGGCCUUCCUCACCUUAGAAACCGCCCAGGUCUGCCCAGCAGAGCACAGGGAGGCCCGGGCAGCCCUGACACUCCUCCUCUGUGUGCCCGCCAGCCAGGUCCAUUUCCGGAGCGCUGUUGGCCGGUGGGAGCACUUGCUGCUCCCACACGCCGGGCCUGCCCACUGCUCCAGGUCUCUGAGCGCCCUUGCCGCCCGUGCUCGAUAUGCCCCGGGAAAGAGCAGUGUGCUGACCGCAACACCCCCGAAAACAUGUGGAAGGGAGAGCGGGAAGGGCUCUGACCCCCAACAUGGUCACUGCCCACACCCCGGUGGUCCAGAACUUUACCCUUGUUUGCACAGUGCUGGUCUUGGUGGGAAAACCAGAACAUUAAAAAAAGUUUGAGAAGCUUAA